AUGUUAAAUACAAUCAAUAGACUACUGUCUUUACAAUCUGGAUCAACAUUUCUAGCUAUUUCUCCUUUACGUGGUAAUAGUUUGUAUAAUUUUAUUAAUUUGGCUUAUCAAAUGGAGCAAACUUAUAGUUGGUCUGUCAAAUUAAUACCACCUUCAGACUACUUAUCAUCACAGUUUAUAAGUUAUUUAAUUGAUGAAUCAGAUCGUGUUCAAUUUGAUGACAGUGAAUUAGAUAAUAAAAUUGGUCAUUUGUACUUAUUUCUAGUUGUCGGUGGUUUUGCUUUGUUUGCGUCAGCUGUUUACAUUAGAUUUUACAAAUUAACUGUUACACGACCUAAUAAAUAUCUUUGUCCAACGUCUCAGUGUUCACCACUCAUUAAAAAUAUGUCAUGGGGUUCCAUCACAGUGGAAACAAUAUCUGAAGAUGGAACAAUCAAUCCAAACAAGUUAGUUACAUACCGAGAUACGAAACUUUGGCCAAAUGGUAGUCGUGCAUGGGAUUGGAACGAAUCUGGCACUGGUCAUUUUGCAGGAAUUCAGAAACAGGAUGUUGACGAACUACUCAGUUAUAAACCAAAUAUUAUAAUACUGAGUAAAGGAGUACUAUCUCAGUUGAAAGUGCCCCAAUCAUUAAUUGACUACAUAAAUCAAUCUGAUCCGCAUAUUAAACUUAACGAUUUUCCAAAAACCUCGUUUGUUUAUACUUUGGAGCACUGACUUUGAAAUUCAUCAGUCGGGAAGAAGGAAUAGCUUAUUAAUGCUAAAUAACUGAGAUGUCACCGAUACUAUAUAGAGAUAAGAUUCUGUUGCUUAUUAAUGGACAUUGGUGAGAAAAUAUCGUCGAAUUUACUAAAACAACUGGAUAGACAUUGAAAAAAGUAGCAUGAAAUACCUCAUGAUGGUACCUCAAUAUUUACUAUUCGUGUCAUUUUAAAUAAUCGGGUAUGUCCUACUAGUACAAAUCUUGUUUUAUCGAAAUAACCAUCUAUAAUUUCGUCGUAGAAAUCUUAGGCGCUUUCUAUCACACUUGUAAGUAUUUCGAUGUUAAAAAAUAACAUUUUCAUGUUAAAUAUGAUAAGCAUUCACAUUCUGCACAUCUAACGGAA